AUCACACGCAGACGUAGAAGAAAGUUGCUCCGAGCGUCGGUCGAAACAAGAAAAACCCCUAAGAAGGUGAAGGAAAUCGUUUGUCAAGGAAAGAAAGCAGUAGAGAGAAAAUGGCAGGAGUUGGUCCAUUGACGCAGGACUGGGAGCCGGUCGUCAUCCGGAAGAAGGCUCCAACCGCCGCCGCUAAGAAAGACGAGAAGGCCGUUAACGCCGCCCGUCGCAUGGGCGCCGAUAUCGAAACCGUUAAGAAGUCCAAUGCAGGGACAAACAGAGCUGCCUCUAGUAGCACUUCUCUCAACACAAGGAAGCUUGAUGAUGAGACUGAAAAUCUUGCUCAUGGGCGUGUACCCACUGAGUUGAAGAAGAACAUCAUGCAAGCUCGAAUGGACAAGAAACUCACCCAGGCCCAGCUUGCACAGAUGAUUAAUGAGAAGCCCCAAGUGAUUCAAGAGUAUGAAUCUGGAAAAGCCAUCCCAAAUCAACAGAUAAUUGCCAAGCUAGAGCGGGCUCUUGGUGUGAAACUUAGAGGAAAGAAGUAAAACGAGUUGUAUGUAGCAAAUCAUGGGGAAACGGUUCAGUAGGUCUGGAUGGAUGCUUCUUUAAUGUGUAGUUUUGAGCAUCUCAGUAGUAUUAUGAAUCUUUGAUUGCCUGUGUAUUUCCUCUCUGUCAGUCAUGUCUGAGGAAGCUCUCAGUCUCUUUAUCACUCAAGGUUGUUUGGUCUAACAAGUGAUGUUUGUUCCUCUGGUCCAUAUUGAUACAGUUCGUUAAACUCUUUCUCGGUCUUGGUUGUGUGAAUAUUAUCUAUGAAUAAUAUUGUGCAGAAA